CUCGUUCUCAUUCCAUAUAAUUUCAUCGCGAUGCCGUCUGCGUUCGCCGAAACAUUAGCAGCCAUCGUGAACAAAGGGUACGCCAAGGUGAAGUUUACCCACGAAAUCUUUGCAGGGAGUCGCAUCCUGGGCCACAUCACCGACGAUGCCCACAUGGGCCCCUCCUCCAUGUUUGCGCUCUUGCUCAUUCCACUUUCUGACGUCAGAGACCGUCUUCCGUUUGUCUCCUCCACGAGCAAGGCCGAUAUGGACAACUGGGAUGUCACCCAACCGUUCCAAUACGCUCUUAAGGACAUUCAAAUUCACAUUUUGGGGAGCCUUGCGAACCUGCAGUUCCUCUCGGAAAACAUCUCCCGUGUGGUGGGAACUAUUGGUCUCAAGGAUGGCGGCGAGGCCGGCAUGGUGGAAAUCACCGCCUUUACGUCAUUCCAAAAAGCCGCUGGUAAGGUCUUGAUGAAAAUCUCUGAGGGUAUGGUUGCCUCUGGUUACUAUGCCGAGCAAUUCUGUGGAGGAGACCCAAAGAUCAUUCGCUUUAGAGUCUCGGCAGUGGUGGAGCAUAUGUUGGUACCGUACUACAACAAGUUGGGCUACAUGGUGAACUACAUCCAAAAUUUCACGGCGGCAACAACAAAUACAAUCACAAACCAUACUGGGUUCGCCCAGGAUACUCUGUUCCGCAAGGACUUUUCGCUUGCCUUUAUGUCAAAGGAGGUUAGGUAUGGUACCCCCGCGCACCUUUAGAGCACGAGAGCGAGUGCAGAG